UGAAGAGAGUAGUUCUGAAACCAAACACUAUAUCUAACUCAAGUGUUUUUAACAUAGUAUUUCGUAAUAUUUAAAAUUUUAAAAAAUGUCUUGUUGUUCAGGAGAUGAUGAUGAUGAACAACGACAUAAUCCAACACAUGUACGAGGAUGUACAGAUAUUUUUUGGCUUUGUUGUUUUAUUAUAUUUUGGUUUCUUAUGAUCUUAAUAGCAGCUUUUGCUCUUGUUUAUGGUAAUCCUUUACGACUCAUAAAUGGAUAUGACAGCUUUGGAAAUACUUGUGGUAUGAAAAAUAAUCCAAAAUUUGGUAGUAUGGAAUUGUCUGGACAAGAUACUAGUGAUAAACCAUAUUUAUUUUUUCUGGAUGUACAUAAUGUCACACAAUCUUUAAAAAUUUGUGUCAAAAAAUGUCCAGAUCGAACUAUGACAACAAUGAAUGAUAUAUGCAAAUUUUAUAAGGAAACAGGAUCUCAACUUUGUCAUGAUAAGCCAGGGAGCAAUUUAAGUGCUUGUAAUGGAAAUAUAAAAAAUGUAACAGGUUCUUGCCCUGAAUUAGUUUACAAUAGUAUACCAGUUCUUAAUCGUUGUAUUCCUAAAGCUAUUAAAGAUGUAGGAGAAACUGUAAUUGCUAAUUUAUAUGGAUUUAUCAAUUCAUGGGAUAUUAUUGAACAAAUUUUAGGAGAUUUAUAUAAAACGUGGAGAGAAAUAUUAUCAUUGUCCUUUUUAGCUUUUGUUUUAUCUCUUUUUAUGAUUGCUAUAUUUCAUUUAUUAGCAAAUAUUGUAACAUGGAUUGUGAUGAUUCUUGUCACUGUAACAACUAUAGGUGGAAGUAUAUUAUUAUGGUGGACAUAUAUAGAAAUUAAAAAAACUUUAGAUAAAACUGAUCCAAAUCAACUUUUAGAAGAAUCUGUUAGAAAUGAAAGAGCAUUUCUUGCUUUUUCUAUUAUUGCAACAAUAAUAACUAUUAUUUUAUUAUUGCUUCUAAGUAUAAUACGUAAACGUAUUGAAUUUAUGACAGCAUUAUUUAAAGAAAGUGCUAAAUGUUUAGCAGAAUUACCAGGUUUAUUGUUUCAACCUUUAUUAACAUUUGUUGCUUUGAUAUUAUUUUUUACAUUUUGGAUAACUGUAGUUCUUUGUCUUGCAACAGCUAAUUAUCCUGGUACAAGAUCUGUACAGAUGUAUAAAAAUCAUAUAUUUGAUCCUUUAAAUUUGAGUUUAAUUGGAGAAAAAAAUACAUUUAUUGAAGAGAAAAAACUUGAUUUUUCCCUUGAUUCAUUUAAAACUUUUACACUUGUGGAAUAUGUGGAUUCAACUUGGAUAAAAUAUAUGUGGUGGGUAUAUAUCAUAGGUUUAAUAUGGACAUCUGAAUUCAUUAUUUCUUGUCAAGAUAUGGUAAUAUCAGGAGCUGUUGCUCAUUGGUAUUUUAGAGGAAAAGAUGCUAGUGCAUCUCCUGUAUGUGCUGCUAUGGGAAAUUUAGUUAGUUAUCACUUAGGUUCUGUAGCUUGUGGCUCAUUUUUGAUAACACUUUUUAAAUUACCUCGUUUAAUUUUGACAUAUCUUCAUGCUAAAUUUGAGAAAAAUAAAGAGACAUCUCCUUGUGCACAAUGUGGUUUAAAAUGUUGCAUAUGUUGUUUUUAUUGUUUAGAAAAAUUUAUUCGAUAUAUGAACCAUAAUGCAUAUACUGUUGUUGCUAUUGAAGGAACACACUUUUGUAAUGCAGCUAGAAUUGCAUUUACAGCUCUUAUUAAUAAUGCUUUACAAAUAGCAGUAAUUAAUGGAGUAGGUGAUUUCAUUUUAUUUCUUGGUAAAUGUUUUGUUAUGGCUGCGACUGGUAGUAUUGGAUUAUUAUUUAUGAAACAAGAUCCUAGAUUACAUUUUUAUGCAGCUCCAAUAUUUAUUGUCUGUGUGUUUGCAUUUUUUAUUGCUCAUUGUAUCAUUGCUUUUAUGAUUUAUUCUAGACUGUGAUAGACACGUUGUUUCUUUGUAUCUGUGAAGAUAAGAAUUUAAAUGGUGAAAAUGGAAAAUGGCGUCAAUCAGCCUUAGCACAAAUUGGAUCUAAUACUACUGCAAAUGGUCAACAAGUACACGAAUUAGUA